GCGGCCUCAACCCUUCCUCCCAACAUAUAGUGCUUUAGCACUUAGUGGUAGCUAUUGGCUUAUUUUGAGUUGCGGCGAUUACUACACAUCUACUAGUAUCGUAAAGUAAGUACGAGAUGGCCCGUACAAAGCAGACCGCCCGUAAAUCUACUGGAGGAAAAGCGCCGAGGAAGCAGUUGGCUACCAAGGCAGCUAGGAAGAGCGCACCAUCCACCGGGGGAGUGAAGAAGCCCCAUCGUUACAGGCCUGGAACUGUGGCUCUGAGGGAGAUCCGUCGUUAUCAGAAGUCCACCGAGCUGCUCAUCCGUAAGCUACCCUUCCAGCGCCUGGUGAGAGAAAUUGCUCAGGAUUUCAAGACUGAUCUGCGCUUCCAAAGUGCUGCUAUUGGAGCGCUUCAGGAGGCCAGUGAGGCUUACUUGGUGGGUCUGUUUGAGGACACCAAGCUGUGCGCCACCCACGCCAAACGUGUCACCGUCAUGCCCAAAGACAUCCAGCUGGCUCGCAGGAUAAGGGGAGAGAGAGCCUAAGCAGCUAGCGGCAGUAUUGUCGACACAUGAUCCCAUUUAUCAUACUUAACCAUUUUUGUGGACACUUAUUACUUGGCUUUUUACAAGUUUUUUUUAACUUUGUAUUGUAUUUUAGAUUGAGAUUAUGAAUCAACCAUUCCGCAUGCCUGCAGUCACUCUAGGUAGUUGGAAAUGUAGUGCAGUGGGGAUAUCUACCUACUACAUCAUGGGUCAUUACUACAUGUUGCCUCUAUUAUACCAACCCUCAAGGUGUGUGGGUGUAAGGCUCCCUCUGAAGCUGUCUUUGAACUGAGGAUGAAUGAAUACAUCUUCCAUAGGCUCCAGGGUUCCUUCAUCCAUUUAUUUACAAAAUACCAGCAUGUCUUGCUCAACAGGUUUCACUGCAGUGACAGGGUGUUGGCUACCAGAGUUGAUACUCUGCACAAAGUGACAAGGAGCUUUCCAGCCCUGCUAUAUUUUUCUGGACUGCUUUUUACAUGUUUUUUCAACAAAAUCUUGGCAGCUACAUUUAAUGCUAUUUAUGAAACUGUCCUGUCUUUCUAUUAAAGCUCUACGAAUGGAAA